AUGGGAGACUACUCGAAAGCUCUUUGCUAUGAUGAAAAAGCACUCGAAAUGCGCCGCAAAGUUCUCCCUCCAAAUCAUCCCGAUUUGGCUACAUCGUACCACGAUGUCGGCUACGCUUACCGCACUAUGGGAGACUACUCGAAAGCCCUUUCCUAUAAUGAAAACGCCAUCGAAAUCUAUCGAAAAGCUCUCCCACCAAAUCAUCCCGAUUUGGCUGCAUCGUACCACGAAAUCGGCUACGCUUACCGCGCCAUGGGCGACUACUCGAAAGCCCUUUCAUAUGCCCAAAAAGCACUCAGACUCCGACGCAAAGCUCUCCCUCCAAAUCAUCCCGAUCUGGCUACAUCAUACCACCACAUCGCAUACAUGUAUACUAUGAUGGAUGAAUACCCGAAAGCCCUUUCCUAUGAUCAAAAAGCACUCGAAAUGCAGCAAAACAGUCUACCUGCAAAUCAUCCCGAUAUGGUUUUCUCCAAUCACAGUAUCGCCUACAAUUAUCGCACGACAGGAGACUACCCAAAAGCACGGUCAUAUGGGGAAAAAGCACUUGAAAUCUGCCAAAAAGCUCUCCCUCCAAAUCAUCCCGAUUUGGCUACAUGGUACCACGAUGUCCGCAACACUUACCGCGCCAUGGGCGACUACCCCAAAGCACUUUACUAUGACGAAGAAGCCCUCGAAAUCCGACGCAGAGCUCUUCCUCCAAAUCAUCCCGAUUUGGCUGCAUCGUACCACGAUAAAGGACUGCAGAUUCGGCAAAUAGUUCUACCUGAAAAUCAUCCAGAUUUAGCCGAAUCGAACCACAAGAUUGCCUCAACCUAUCCGAAAUUAGGGGAAUACUCGAAAGCGCUUUGUUACCACGAGAAAGGACUGCAGAUUCGGCAAAUAGUUCUACCUGAAAAUCAUCCAGAUUUAGCCGAAUCGAACCACAAGAUUGCCUCAACCUGUGAGAAAUUAGGGGAAUACUCGAAAGCACUUUGUUACCACGAGAAAGGACUGCAGAUUCGGCAAAUUGUUCUACCUGAAAAUCAUCCAGAUUUAGCCGAAUCGAACCACAAGAUUGCCUCAACCUAUCCGAAAUUAGGGGAAUGCUCGAAAGCACUUUGUUACCAAGAGAAAGGACUGCAGAUUCGGGAAAUUGUUCUCCCUGAAGAUCAUCCAGAUUUAGCCGAAUCGAACCACAAGAUUGCCUCAACCUAUGAGAAAUUAGGGGAAUGCUCGAAAGCACUUUGUUACCACGAGAAAGGACUGCAGAUUCGGGAAAUUGUUCUCCCUGAAAAUCAUCCAGAUUUAGCCGAAUCGAACCACCAGAUUGCCUCAACCUAUGAGAAAUUAGGGGAAUAUUCGAAAGCACUUUGUUAUCACGAGAAAGGACUGCAGAUUCGGGAAAUUGUUCUCCCUGAAGAUCAUCCAGAUUUAGCCGAAUCGAACCACAAGAUUGCCUCAACCUAUGAGAAAUUAGGAGAAUACGCGAAAGCACUUUGUUACUACCAAAAAGGGCUUGAGAUCCGGCGAAAUGUUCUAUCUGAAAAUCAUUCAGAUUUGGCCGAAUCGGACGAUAACAAUGGUUCGAGUUGA